AUGGAACAAGCUGUCGGUCGCACUUGGCAGUUCCGGCCAUACUCAGAGGGACAAUUCAUUGCCCCUGCACCGAGCCUCAUCACACAUUACUGCUCCCGUCAUCGCCCCACCACAGCUUUCUGCCUCAUGAGCUGUCCAGCCAACUCCAACCUUUGCACCCUUCGUUCAAUCUCAACAAGUGCAGGGCAGUAUACAUACGCACCUAUCGCCAGCCCUCUUCGCCUAGAAGCCUUGAGGGCACCACCACAGCCACCCCCGUCGCCGUCCUUGCGUCGUCAGCCGGCCAUGUUUCCAACCUUCACGGGCAACUCUAGGCGCCCGCGAAACGUCAACCUCAGUGGCAGCGUCGGAAAUCCCUUUGCCAACACCUCCUGGAGCCCUUCCAACGUAUCCGGCACUGCAAAGACUAUAUUCGACGCCCAGGCCGAUCGAGAGAAGCGCCAGGCCGAAAGACAGCGCCUCAAGGCUGCCUUGCGAAUCCAACAAACAUGGCGGGGUCACAGAGCACGUUCCCGCCUUGCCGACCACCGUCGUGCCGCAUUCGACAACUUGUACGCCUCUCCUGCCGACACCGACUGGCUUCAUCAAGCAUUCACCCUAUUGCUCUCGUUCUGCAGACCAGCGCGGCCCGAUGACCUCGAACGCUUACUACGGUUUGCCAACGACGCCGUCAACGUCGAGUUCGGCAACUUUUGUCCCCAGCAAACGCACUGGACUCGCCUGCGCCGGUUGGUCGAAAUUAUAGUCUCUGCCUUGCAUUCUGCUUCAAAAAGGGGGUAUGGUACCAUUUUCAUCUCUGUUUGCCUCCUUGAUUGUUCUAACCAGCCACCUAGCACUCUGUCCGACGAGCUCCGCGUUCUUCUCCGUCUCGCUACUCGAAUAGUAGAAUCCAUUCCUGAAGCCCUGAGAACCUCUUCAGAGGUCUACUUCUCUACUUUGGCCAGUAUCUGCCAACAAGUAGAGGGUGUGGGCUGGCUGGAAGACGUCUUCAAAAGUCUAUCCAUCGCUCUUGAUGUAGACGCCAUCGUGUACAUGUACUUUGCUUCCAAUUUCUUAACCAAAGAAAAUAUUACCCUCUUCGAGACCAACAUCGACCGCUUCGCCUCUCUCAUCGAUUUCACCCGGCUCGGACAUGGGAUCAGAUCCAUUUACGCCUUGAAUCAACCCAUCUCUAGCACCCAAGAUGAAUUGCUGUGGCUCCUUGCCCACUCUAUUCAUCUCAUCAGAACUCAGAUACACACAACCGCUGUCAUUGGCCCAAUUCGCGUCAUAUUCCUUCAGCUCGCUGGUCUUUCAUCCGAUUUCAGCGCUCGCGUGACACCCAAAGCCCUGUCAACCGGAUCAGGGGAUUUUUCCGACAGCACACAGCAAUCUAGCAUCCAUCCAUACCUUUCCCGUCAGUUUCUAUGGCUCAUCAGCAGCGAAAGCACCUCGAAAAUCUUGCAAGAUUUUACAACCACAACCACCCAACCAAGCGUCGAUGCACUCGAGAGCACCAGCUUGCUGGCAGGCUAUCUGAUGACGCUCCUGCAAAGCUUCCCCGACAAUGCUGACGACCGCUAUCUCCGGGUGUACCAUCAAAGCGUGGAUACUGUCGAGGAUCAAGAAUGGCGCGUAAUUAUUCUCUUCCUCGAUCUAUACACGUUCAUUUUACGACUGAGUGACGACGAAGACUUCUUUAGCGGCAUCUAUCCGUCUCCAUUACGCAACGACUCUUCGCUUUCCCGCAUACAGUCUUGCAGUUUAUCGUUUGAGGAUGUUAAAUUCCUCACGCUUUUCCUCAAAAAUAUCGCCUUUACGCUGUAUUAUACAGCCCCCGAGGUAUCUCCAGCCCAGCAGGAGCCUCAGCAUGUGGUGCAGUCUCGGCUUGGCUCAUACCUUGGGGCCGGUUCGUCAAAGGAGCCCGAGCCAAAUCCUGCCACCGCUUUGAAGCUCAAAUCUAGCAAGUUGGAGUUUUUCAGCCUUCGCGAGAUAAUCUCAAAUGCCAUGACUAUGCUUUACGAAAGAGACUCUCGCAAGCCUUUCCUUCCUAGUGGUCACUGGCUCGUUACAGAUAGGCUGCAGAACGAAGACUUUGUUUCUGCUGUCAUCGCGGAGGAGCAGCGUCAAUACGAUGAAGUUUCGUCCGAUAGUGACGACGACGCUGACAUGGAGGAUGAAGAUGAUUUUUCAGUCAACCACACAUUUGCGGGUCAGCGAGUUUCAAGACAUGCACGAGUGGAGAGGUUGCGCGCAAAACAGAAGCGCCUACAGCGAGAACGUCGGCUGGCAGAGCUCGGUCCAAAGCUAGCAGUUUUGAAGCAUAUGCCGUUUGCUGUCCCCUUUGACACUCGCGUCAAGAUCUUUCGGCAAUUUAUUGAACUUGACAUUGGCCGAAGGGAUAACCCUAUAUCGACCUUCCCUGUAUUUGCAAAGCACACAGCGCAGAUCCGUCGAGGCCAACUCUUUGAAGAUGCCUUUGAGGAGCUGUACAAAGUCGGCGAUGGUUUGAAGGAUCCAAUCCAAAUCACCUUUGUUGACCAGUUCAAUCAGACUGAAGCCGGAAUUGACGGUGGCGGUGUCACGAAAGAGUUCUUGACCAGCGUUAUAUCUGAAGCCUUUGGUGGCAAUGAAGGUAUGAUAAGCAUGUUCACGUCAAGCCCAUCCGGGCUUCUCUACCCGAACCCGAUUGCUAUCGACACGACAAAAGAAAUGAUGAGAGAAGGGAAGCUCGACGAAUCAAGUCGUGAGUGGCACCGAAUCAUUCGUGAGCAGCUCAAACGAUACGAAUUUUUGGGUCGGAUGCUGGGAAAAUGCAUAUAUGAGGGCAUCCUCGUGGAUUUGAGCUUUGCUGGCUUCUUUCUCCUGCAAUGGCCCUCUUCUGGGUCAGACGAGAAGAAUCACUACAAGGGUAGCAUCAACGACCUGCGGGACAUGGACGAGGAGCUGUACGCUGGCAUGCUGCGCCUCAAAAAUCAUCCUGGUGAUGUUUCAGAGCUUGGCAUCGACUUUACAGUAACGGAUCAAGUCUCCAUGCCGGGUGCGCCGAUAAAGACGGUGACAAAGCUGCUGGUGGCCAACGGUGACCAAGUAUAUGUGACCAACGACAAUAGACCGCUGUACAUGUCGUACAUGGCUCGCCAUCGCCUGGUUGUGCAGCCUGCGCUGCAGACGGCUGCUUUCCUGCACGGUCUCCGCUCCAUCAUCCGACCGUCGUGGCUGUCCAUGUUCAACCAGACGGAGCUGCAGCAUCUUGUCGGUGGCGACUCGUCCGAGAUUGACAUUGACGAUCUUCGGCGCAACACGGUGUGCAGCGGUCUAUACGAGAUGGGUGACGAUAAGAAGGAGCAUCCGACCAUCAGGAUGUUCUGGAAGGUGCUGCGCAGCUUUACCGACGCCCAGCGCCGCGACCUACUCAAGUACGUCAGCUCCACGCCCCGCGCGCCACUGCUCGGCUUCUCCCAGCUGCGGCCGCUCUUUAGUAUCCGCGACGCGGGGGACGACGAGGAACGACUGCCGAGCGCGAGCACCUGUGUCAACCUACUUAAGCUGCCUCGAUACAGAAGGGAGGAAACGCUGCGGUCGAAGCUCCUGUACGCCAUCACAUCCGGUGCAGGGUUUGAUUUGAGUUAA